AUGACCCUUCCAAACCACAGACGGAAAGCUGCAUUUGAUGAAAGCUAUUUUAUCUGCCGAAACGUCGAGAAAUACUACUCUAACUUCAAUGUGGUGGGCCAAUAUAACAAACACUUCUCGAAAGCGACCUUGUCGAAUGCUCUUAAGUCUAUGAUUGCCAAAAAUCCAUGGCUUACUUACAAUUUUUUCCAUAUUUCAGACAAAGAACCUGUUGACUACCACACGGACUACGAAUUGAGGUGUGUUGACAGUAUCACCUUUGACAAGGUGGUGGAAUAUCGCCAGAUAGACAAGUUUGAUGAAAGGACGUUUGAGACAAUCAACGAAUUCUCAAACAAAAUCAACUGCACGGACGCUCCAUUGUGGCAAUUGUGUGUGUUUGAGACAGACGAGUCUCAAUAUGUAUGUGGCUACUUUUGCCAUACACUUCAUGAUGGAGGCACCGCAUUACAGUUUCAGAAAGAUUUAGUAAGGGAACUCGAGGCCUUUGAACACGAGAGCCAGGUGGUUGAAAAUUUGUUCGACUACGAGAAGGCUAAGUAUGAACUCCCAGAUAUUCUUCCUGCUCGGGAGUUGAUGACCGACUUGUACAUUCCAGGAAUCUUCCAGAGAGUUAAGUUAUGGAUGAACGUGAAGUUUCCCAUCAUAGUUGGUUGGUUCCGGCGAUCAAUAGACUACUUAAAAAGUUUCAUGGGCAUUUCUGAAGAGAAAAGCCCCGUUUUUGCUUCAUUUGCUGUCACCAAAGAUCUUUCAUCCAAGUUCAAGAUCGUGAACUUCUCUCCACAACAAGUCAGGUCCAUGACCCAAUACUGCCGAGCAAACAACAUCACACUCACACCAUUGUUUAACGUGGUGGCUCAGGAUUGUAUCGAGAAGCUCAUAUUCCCUCAUUACUCACGCCCAGACGGAUUUUACGAGUACGCUAGCUCACACUUUAUUGCAAUCAAUGGCAGAAGGUUCUUCCCUCAAUUUUCCAAUCCAUUUCUUUACGGGGUGUUUGUUGCUGGUGCCCCAACUACUUUUGACUAUAUGAACAUUCAGUCCAAAGACGAAUUUCUUCCCCACAUAAAGAGAUUCCAUAGUAUGAUUUAUGAUGAGCUCAAAUCUCGAAGAAGCUUUAAGUUGAUGUGGACGUGGGCCGUGGCAGAUAUCUCCAAGGCACUUCAAACCAAGAUUGGGAAGUCGGAGCGGUAUACUACUAUGAUAUCCAAUUUGGGUAUGGUGAAAGAUGACCCACAGUCAUCAUGGAAAAUAGUCAAUGCUUGGUUUGGACUGAAUACCUCCAUCGGGUACCAUUUCAUAUUGAACAUGACCACCACCGAGACGGGAGGCUUGAACUUAGUGAUUCCGUAUUUUCCAGCGUACGGGGACCUUGAAAUGGAGGUAAAUGGCGAGAAAGUUCCGGUGAUGGAUCAAUUCGUAACUCAAUUUAGAAGAUCCUGUCAAGAGAUCAUAGAGGCAGUCUAA